AUGCGCAAACUGUUCCACUCUCCUAAAAAGAGAACUUCCACCUCAACAAAGCUUGAAUCUAUACUACCUUUCCCAGCAGAGACUAAAAAGUAUAAUAACAUUAAAUGUUCGUUGUGUCAAGAACUACUAAGCUUGACGUUGCCCGGAGAGCUUAUUGUCCUGUUAGAGUGUGGCCACAUGUCCCAUAAAAACUGCUUGUCUUUAAUACAAUCAGUGCCUGUUUGUAGUGAAUGUAAUGUGAUGUCGAAUUACGACUACCCUCCAUUCACACCCGUGGACCAGAUUCAGUCGCCUGCCAAAUUAAACACUCAAUUGGAAACACCAUCCUUUACCUCGAGCGACCAAACCAUCUACAAUCCAAGAGUAACAUGUACCAGUGAGAUUUCCGAAGUAACUUUAACCCCACCAUAUGAAAUAGCGUAUGUGUUGAAUGUUCAGGCUCCACUUAUUUUUAACGCUCAUAAACCCACGCUAGAAGAUUUACAGCUAAAAGAAAGGGUCGAAGAGUUUUUGAAGGUGCAUCUUGACACCGAUAAGGAUGUAGGACAACUUGUUAUUUUUGAUAUACUUGAAGUUAGUGUUACGGGCAAGAGCUGGGACCUGGCAUUGGUGUGUCUAUUUGAAAACUACUUUUUAAUUUAUGAAAACGAGCUCUUGGUGGGAAUAAUAUCUGUUCAGCACGAUAUAAGCAGUGUUGACGUGGAUGAGGAACUCAUUCUAAAUCUAGCAAAAGAUUCACUUCCAGAAUUGCGACUCAGGCAUUCAAACAAGCUUGUGGUCCAAAAAUGGGGUACUCUACUACUUGAAAUAAUAGACAAUGAGAGUGUCGUCACUAACAUUUACCAAUUGACUAAUACAUAUUGGACCCACUUGCCCCCAGAGAUUUGUGUACCACAAAAUUUAACCAAACUAAACAAUGCAAUCUUAUCCGGAACAACCAUUUCAAAUUCCGAUAUCGCAAGAAUACUACCAACACCUAAACAGCUACUGUUAAAUUUAAUUCUUGCUCUACCACUAGUUAACCAAACAUCUUUAACCGAUCUAGAAUACAAAACACAGAUCCAACAAAUCUUUCAAAAAACUUUACAUGAACUCAGACCAAAUGACAAGUUGGGAGUAAUUUUUCUUGGAAUAGACGGGUCAAAAAAACCGUGUGCCAAAGGGUCCUUUGUUGGGUGCACUGAACCAAGCUGGAGUGAGUGGAAGCAGGUAAUACGAGACAUUACAAUAGUUCCAAACUCAUUUCAAAGUAACUUACAGGAAAUAAAUGUUGCUAUAGAAAAGUGUAUGGAGCUAUACCCUUUUAUUCCACGUACAACAUCAUCAGUUAACAAGUUUCUAAUACUCAGCCCAAACACAUACUCACAGCUGCCAAAAGACGCACCCAAAUCCAAAUUUAUUGACGCAAUAAACGAAAAACUAUCUUGCACAAUUGUUUGUGUCGGCAGCACAUAUGGCAACUACCAACCAUUCAAGUCUAUUACUACAUUUGGCACUCCUUUCCUACGAUUUGAGUCUUUCGCGAAGUUUGGCAGCUUACUAGUAUACUAUAUCAACGAAAACCUCCACAAAAUAUGUAUUCCAAAAUUGACAUUAACAUUAAAGGCAUCUCAGGGUUUUAGGUUCACUGAUCUUGAUUCCAGAGGGGCUAUUGAUGGAAGUCAGUUGACACUUACUAUUAAAGAUAUUGUCCCACAGACGCAAAAACUGAUUGUGCUCAAAGUGCAAGCAAACCCCCAAUUUGUUGCUUCCAAAUAUCAGACGCUUCCAAUAUUUGAAUAUGAUGGGUAUUGGUUUUAUGAGAAAUACCUCGACACCAAGUUGAUAAGUACGAGAGUCAAGAUAGGUGUCAGCCAGCAACCACCGACACCUAUUGAUGCGGAAGCAAGGGGAAGCUUUACGGAAUACUAUUUAGACAUCCCAUUACUACCUCCCGUGUCGCCAGCAAGAGAUGCUGUAUUUGCCAAAAGACAAACUGAGCUAACCAUAAUUAACUCAUUAAAGAAAAGCAUCGCGCUGGGUGAAAGCCAAGUGUCACUGGAUAUAAUUAAAAGCUGCAUAUCGUUAGCACACGGAUUGAUACGUACUUCUCUUGAAGGCUCUACAAAAUCACACACCAAUGAAUCUAGCCCUGAGUGUGAGUAUAGUAUGUUACAGUUGCUAAUGGCAGUAAGAUACACUGACAAAGGCAAUGUUGAGUAUAUUGAUUUCUUGGUAAAUCAUAUGAAAAGUAUUGCCAAGCUACUAGAAUCGGACCUCGAUGCAGGUAAAUUACGAUGUUCCGAUUUGAUGAAUAGUUUAAUAUAG